AUUCGUUGUUGUUUUUUUUCCUAAACAACGAUGUAUCGAUGUAACCAUUAUUUGCAUAGCCGAUGCGCGAAACAAUGAAUCGAGCGCGAUCGCACGCACUGCGUUACGCGGCAUUUAUCAAACACGCUCUUUGCGCGACGAUCGAACUACUUAUUAAUGCUUCGACGACGCAUCGUCAUCGUCAUACACAUUGCACACACACGCGUUGUUUUGACUUAUUUUCGCCGUAGUUAGUAAACAGCCGCGUGAGUAUAAUGUAUAAGUAAUAGGUAUGUAUAUCGGUUGUGCGAACACGACGCGCACGUGAACACACACACAGACUGUAUAUUAUACGCCGUGCUGCAGCGCAGAGACAUUAAACGCGUAUAGUAUAUCGGUGUGUGUGUGGGUGAUAAAACAUCGUGUUCGCUGUAUCGUGAAUCGCUUAACAAUACAGGAGAGCCGUUUUAUAUACGGCUUGUUAAUUGUUUUACGAUAUGUACUACCUAUGUGAGCACGGCCACACGUAGUAGUAGUAGUAGAGGUAUACUACAUUUUGUAUCUAGAUACAAACUUGCAUGUCGUAUAAUAUGCCGUGAGUUGUUGUUGUAUCGCAUACAUUGUCUCUCGCUUUUUUUUACACACGUAUAUAGAGGUAUAUAAAGUGUAGUAUAGUAUAAGAGAGAGAGCCGAAGCGAAGCACAUCGACUUGCAGCGAGUUCGCGCAAAGCGGGGGGGAAGCUUACACACAUAUAUAUAUUUCAUAUAUAUUUAUAUAGGAGUUUAUAUAUAAAUGUAUAUUCGACUCCCAUCGAGCUGCAACUGCCGCAGGAGGCCUAUACUAUCUAAAUAUACGUAUGUAUGUGUAUACACAGGUAUAAGCGGCAAGGGAUACGAAUAUCGAGCCAGAGCCCCGCAGGCAAACUUCGGCGCGGCCAGGCAGCGUAUAGACAGCAGUUGGCUGGCGAUUGGCACGCAGGACACAGCAGCAGCAGCAGCAGCUCCGAAUUCAGCAAAGUCGCAGCAGCAGCGUGCAAAAAUUGCUGCCUGAGCAGAGCGCCAGCACAGUUGUCUCUCUUACUCGCGCGUCGUCUCUCUCUCACUUUUCGCGAGGCAGGCAGGAGUGUUUUGUGUUUGCGAGUGUGUGUGUAAUACUCAUGAUACAUCGGAGUUUGCACGGGCGCGAGUACCGAGAGGUAGUGAGUGAGUCACUCGCGACGACGACGACGAGCUGAGCAAGCUGAGUAGCAGCAGCAGCGGAGGUCGCGCGCUUUGAAACGCGACAAGAGAGAGAGAGAGAGAGAGAAGACACAGACACACUUUGCGGGGACUACUUUGGCGAGCGCAGUUCCGAUCGAAAGUCGGAGCAGUGCACACAUUAUAUCGUGCAUCGUAGUAGAGUCGAUAGAGACGACGCACGUUUAUCUACGACGGCCCGGCUCUCUAUCUAUCUCUCUCAUAUAGGGAUUUUACUACGUGCAUACAUACAUACAUACAGCGUAAUAUAUAGAGCUGCGUGCCUAGCGGGACCCACCCACACCGUAGCGUGUGCUGCUGCUGCAGUGCAGGAUUAUAAUACAGAUAGAUAGAAUAGAUAGAGGAUAGGGUAUAGGUGGUGGUUGUUUGUUAAGGUGCCUUUUUAACGCUCGCGCGUGCAACUUUUGUGUUUCGUGCGUGCGUGCGUGCGUGCUCGCAGUGUUUGGCUUGUGUGCUUACACUAUCGUCUACCGCUGCUGCUGGACUGCACAGUGCAGGAAUCAGGAUCAACAACAUGGCCACAAUCGUGGACGAACGACAGGAGCUCCUCGAGCGAUUUCAGGCGAUGGACGAGAACGGCGACGGCUUCAUCGAUCUGGCCGAGCUGCGCACGGCCCUCGACCAGUGCGGCUUCAAGAUGCCCGGCUACAAGGUGCGCCGCAUGAUCGAGGACUUCGAGGACAAGCGCAAGCCCCAGGACAAGGGUCGCCUGAGCUUCGACGAGUUCGAGGCGCUGUGUCGCGAGCUGCGCGCCAGCGAGCCCAGCUCCACCUUCAAGCAGGUCGUCUCGAAGAAGGAGAACCUCGAGACACUGGGCGGUAUCUCGGCGGCCUCGAGCGUCGGCACGACUCACUCGGUCCGCCUCGAGGAGCAGCUGGCCUUCAGCGACUGGAUCAACUCGAAUCUGUCGCGCGAUCCCGACCUGAAGCACCUGCUGCCCCUUGAUCCGGAGGGUCGUCAGCUGUACGAGCGCGUGAGGGACGGCGUGCUGCUCUGCAAGAUCAUCAAUCACUCGUGCCCGGACACCAUCGACGAGCGCGCCAUCAACAAGAAGAACCUGACGCUCUACAGGGCCCACGAGAAUCUGACCCUGGCUCUGAGCUCGGCCCAGUCGAUCGGCUGCAACAUCGUCAACAUCGACGCGCACGAUCUCAGCAAGGGCUCGCCCCAUCUCGUACUCGGUCUGCUCUGGCAGAUCAUCCGUAUCGGCUUGUUCAAUCAGAUCACCCUGGAGAACUGUCCUGGUCUGGCGCGACUCCUGCAGCAGGGCGAGCGCAUCGAGGACCUGUUGCGCCUGUCGCCCGAGGAGAUACUGCUUCGCUGGGUCAAUCAUCAUCUGGAGCGCGCCGGAGUGGGUCGACGAUGCGCCAAUUUUCACUCCGACAUCACCGACAGCGAGGUCUACACCCACCUCAUCAGGCAGAUCGCGCCGCGCGAGGCCGGCGUCAGUAUGGAGGCCCUCAUGGAGACCAGCCCCCUGCAGCGUGCCGAGCUCAUGCUUCAGCAGGCGGCGAAGAUCGACUGUCGCAGCUUCGUCACGGCGGCCGACGUGGUCAAUGGCGUGCACAAACUCAAUCUGGCCUUCGUCGCCAACAUGUUCAACAAGUGGCCGGGUCUGGAGCGACCCGACGACGAUCCCGCCCUGCUCGAGGGCAUCGAGGCGCUGGAGGAGUCGCGCGAGGAGCGCACCUAUCGCAACUGGAUGAACUCGAUGGGCGUGUCGCCGCACGUCAACUGGCUGUACACCGAUCUGGCGGACGGCCUAGUGCUGUUCCAGCUCUACGACAUCAUCAGGCCCGGCACGGUGAACUGGCCCAAGGUGCACAAAAAGUUCUCCAAGCUGCGCAAGUUCAUGGAGAAACUGGAGAACUGCAACUACGUGGUGGAGCUCGGCAGGCAGAUGAAUUUCUCGCUGGUGGGCAUCGCCGGACAGGACAUCAACGACGGUUCGGUGACGCUCACCCUGGCGCUGGUCUGGCAGCUGAUGCGCUCGUACACGCUCUCGGUGCUAAGCUCGCUCAAGGGCCAGCCCGGACAGCCCGUGGUGGAGAAGGAGAUCGUCCAGUGGGUCAAUCAAAAGCUCCAGCAGGCCGGCAAGACGACGUCGAUCAAGAGCUUUCAGGAUUACGCAAUAGCCGACGGCAAGGUCAUCAUUGACCUCAUCGACUCCAUCAAGCCCGGCAUCGUGAAUUACGACCUCGUCAAGGAGGGAGGCAACGACAAGGAUAAUCUCGACAACGCCAAGUACGCGCUGUCCAUAGCCAGGAAAUGCGGAGCCCGCGUCUACGCCCUGCCCGAGGACGUCACCGAGGUCAAGCAGAAGAUGGUAAUGACUGUUUUCGCUUGCCUCAUGGCGAUGGAUUACGUGCCAAAUAUGGAUUCGAAAGAGCCGCCGCAGCUACAGCCACAGUCGAAUAACACUCGAGAGAAUAACGGCCAGCAGCAUUGAGCAAUUGAGAACCGCGCGUGAAAUAUAAUGAGCUGCUGCUCGGCUUUAGGUACAUUUUAUACAUAAUAUAUAUGAAAAGCAAAUAUUAUAUAUAUAACAGACAUAUUCCAUGGAAGAAAAAAAAAGAAAAAAGGAAGCGAAGAAAGAUGCUAUAGGUUACCCCUCCGGCCUCAAUAAGAUUUAUUUUGUACAUAUGUAACCCGCAUAUACAUAUAUUAUUAUAUUUAUUUAUUUAUACACAAUACAUUUAUAUUUAUAUUUCAUAUACAUACGCGUAUAGAUUAUAUGCUUUAUAGAACGUUUAUAGGUAUUAUUGAUAUACAUUUACAAUACGUGUGUAUUGACAAUACACAGUUAUCGUUUAUUUACAUUAAAAAUUAAAUUUAUGUAAUUAAUUAAUUUACAUAUAAUUAUAAAAUUAUAUAUUUGUAUGAGUUACGACUUUUACUUAUACGUUACUAUUCAAAGUAGUAAAUUUCGGGUGCAUCGAUUUCUAACAAGUAGGAAGCUAAUAAUUAAAGGUGAUAAUAAAACAAGAAAAAGCCUAAUAAUUACGGCGUAAGUAAGCACAAUUGUUAUAUCGUUAGGCGCUUCGCGAGUCAUUUUCUACGAGAGGCUAUUUUACUAUCAAUUGUAGGAUCCUGAAAAUGCACAAAAUUGCAUUGGAAAUAUUUUUACAGCGACAAAAUGAUUAUAUAUUACUUACUAAUAUAUAUUAUACAAAAAAAGUAGAACGUGUAAGCAGGUAAAUUGUAAAUUACCUAUUUAAUAACGUAUUUUUUCAAGUAUACAAUGAGAAGGUAAAAAAACUGUAGCUAAAUGCAUUGAAAAAACUUUAUAUUUAGAAAAAUUAUUUAUGUAUAUGUAUGUAUAUAUACAUGGUUUAGAUUGAACGAUUGUUUCUCGAGCUCCUUUUAUGAAGAACGAUGCAGUCAUGGCUAUUUUAAUUUUCAAACGCUGGCUUUACUCUUGUGUGUUAUGAAAAAAAAGGUUUUCAUAUAUAUAGUGCCAUACACUUGAAAUAUUUCGUGCUGUUCUGAAUCGAGGAAUAUAACUUUCUAGAAAAUUCGCCGAGACAGAUCAAUUAUCUAAUCAUUUUUAAUAAGCUCACGUGCAAAAACAGCAAAAAAACAGGUGCAAUGACAAAGAAUGCGUUGUUCGAUUAUUUAUUUUCUCUUCUAAUAUGUAAUGCAAGAACUAUAAAUACUUGCUAAACUCAAAAAAGUGCGUUAAAUAUUUAACAAGUACUGUAUACCGAAUUAAUUCGACUUAAAUAGUCAGUAAUUAAAUGCCAUGUAAAAACCCAGUAUCACGCCAUUAUGUACUUGAAAUUCUUGCGAAUGUGAGAUUUUGGUUCAUACUUUGGCUGAUCAGAGAUUUCGACAAAAUUUAUCGGCUUAGCUUAAAAGGGUAAUCGUUUAAUUGUGCAAUAUGUUUGUAAAUAAUUAAUUUAAUUAAUUUAAUUGCUACAGGAAAAUAUGAAUGUAACUCAUUGGGUUGAAAUAAAUUGUCUUUAUUACAAUUUUAAAAA